AUGAGGAAGCAGUACGAAAGUGGGAGGCAAGCGCAGUACGAUGAGGUGGCCUACGAGAAUCGUCAUAUUGGGAUCUUACUAGCAGAUCCAACCACAACGAGGUUGCAACAUCAAGAAUUUUACCAAGAUGAACCUGAACGCAGCACUCGUCGCUGCCGACAUUUCCAUUCACACGCACCAGCGAACCUCGUUCCGAUAAGCCUCCAUCACCGUAAGAGAAAAGAGUCCCGUCACCGCUGUCAGAGAAAAGAAUCCCGUCAACACGGUCAGAGAAAAGCAAAAUCAGGAGAGUACAUUUUGGUGGAUGAGCAUGAAAAUGAAAUUAAAGCUGCGAUCACAAUCCAACGUUAUGUGAAAGGCUUUCUAACCCGACGACAUAUUUUAAAAAUGAACCUUGCUGCAAAAGUGAUUCAAAAUGCACUACGGGCACAUUGGGCAAACAGGAGAAAUGAUUAUCGACCUGUGAAAGAUCCUAUCGAAACAGACCCACCGUUGAAUUCUGAUCCAGUAAAUUCGCCUAUUAUUCCGAUGACGACUACAACUACAACUCCUCGCAUGCUAGCGGAUUUGAAGGUUCCUAGGGAUGGUUUAAUGGUUUUUGGUGGAACCGAUCCUACACAACUCCUUUCAUCCAGUCCAUCAUCAAAUACUGGAAUGGAGAUUUUUAUGUACUUGGUCAAAUCAUGGACUUGGAAAAAUGUAGGCUCAUUACCCGAACCAAGGACGCAUUUUGGAAUUGCUCGAGUGGGAUAUGAGGUGUACAUAAUAGGUGGAACGGAUCCGCGAUAUAAGACUUCGAACGAGAGGAAUAUUGCAGUGAAAAGCGUAUGGAAAGUAAACUUGAAGACGGGUGAGUGGUAUUUUGAUUCCCAGUAUCCCAGUGACCUGGACCACCCUCGGAGUCACUUUGGUUGUGCAGCCAAGGAUGGAACUAUCUACGUUUUUGGUGGAAAUGAUACUGAGGCAAGGGGUUUGUCAACCUGUAGCAAAUAUGAUACCACAUUCGAUGCAUGGGAGCCAAUUAGUCCAAUGGAUGGUCCAAGGGUAAGCAUGGCUGUUUCCGUGUACGAGGAUCGCAUCUGGGUUGCAGGCGGAGUCUCAAAAAACCCCUCACAACCUGUCCUGAAAUCUGUUCUUUGUUACGACACGGGUACAAACAGUUGGACAGCCUCCACAUCGCUACCACUGCCUCGAGCGUUCUCCACUUUGGUGGUCGCCCAUGGAAAACUUUUCAUCCUGGGUGGAGCAGGACCUCGGAACAAAAAGAGCAAAAGCCAAGUUAGUCUCCCAGAUGUCUUGGUUCUCGACAAAACCUUGGAACGAUGGAGGGACGUUGGCGUUCUUAACACACCUCGUCAUGGUCAUGCAGCUGUGGCUAUUGAUCAUCAGAUAAUUGUGCUGGGUGGGGUGAGCUCUGAGCACAUGGGAGCCAUCAAUUCUGUGGAGAUAUUCGACCUCUCAACCUCACAUUCGCAAAAGGGUCGUAGCCUCUAUCAGAAUUUGUCUGGAAUGGGAGCUGUGUCAAUUCAAUGAUAAAAUUAAAUAGCAUUCACAUAUUUGAAAAUUGUCGUCAAAGAUUAGAUUAGAAAUUAAUGUAGUCUCACAUAUUAGGUAUACUGCUUUUUAUAACAGAUAAUGCAAUCCAACACAACUUGCAUAUAAAAAAGCAUCAUUUACUCAUAUUAAUCUUCAUCUUGAUCGAAAGUUAAUAUUUGUAGCAUCGUUUAUAAUGAACUUUUAGGGUUUAUCUAAAUAUCAUUCAAAAUUGAGAAUGGAAAGGACAGAUAAAAUAGUGUAAUUACUGGAGAGGCACAAUUUGAGAAUCGUGAUUAGUUUUGCCCUCUGGUGUUCCCAUCUGCAGCGAUUCAUCCCAACAUCUGUCAACUUAUAACAUCUCCAUAUUCCCCGGAAAACAGACCAGUCUUUACUUUUUGCUAAUCGUCAUUCCAAGUUUUAAGCCUAUUUGACAUCCCACCCAGCUACAAAUUGUCUUAAAUACGUUAUUGCGCAAGAUUUAUU